AUGGAGCACAAGAAAGAAGAGGCCAUCAAGGCUAUAAAAAGUGCUGAGAAGAAGCUGGAAAAUGCACAAAACAAAAUCUAUGGAUCUGAAAAUGACUGGUACAGGAUUCUUGAAAUUGAACAAUCAGCAAAUGAAACAACUAUCAGAAAGCAAUACAAGAGGCUGGUACUGUUACUCCACCCAGAUAAGAACAACUUUGAUGGGGCAGAAGCAGCUUCCAAACUUGUUGCUGAAGCCAACUGCUUGCUCUCUGAUCACUCAAAACGAAGGCUAUAUGACAUGAACAAAGCAAAUUUUGAGACAGGACCUCGAAAUCAGCAGAUGCAGAAAAGAGUAAGAAAGGAAAUGAAGAAGCUCCCUAUUAUGCAGAUUGGAGGAAGAGACAAGGAGCCUAUAGAAGCCAUGGAAAUAGGAAGAGACAACAGAAAUCGGCUUCUUCUGCGUCGUCGUUUUCUUCUUCUUCUUCUGAGUCGUUGCCAAAGUCUUCUUCUUCUGAGUCGGAUUCAUUUAAGUCUUCUUCUAAGUCCGACAUUUCUUGUUUUAGAUCAGAUUCUUCAUCUUCUGAAUUCUUCAAUUCCUCUAAGUCAAAUUGAGUCAUCUAUACAGUAUUAUUGGUAA